AUAUUAUUUUUAUUGACAACGAGUUUGAUAUUACUUUUAUAUGAAACUUUUUAUAAUAAACGAAAAUAAUCGUGGGGACCAUUUAAAUCGAUGCAAUGUUGCACAUGCCUGGCGUCAACCAAUGGUGCCGUUCAAACUGUAGUGGGGAUAAAGCCGUAAACGAUGGCUCUCGGAACAUCAGUCGAAGUAGGCAUGCCCUAAGCGUCGUUCUCUCGGCAGUGACAUUCCGGUUAUUUGAAAACGGUUUUUCUAAUUAAAACAAUCGAAUUACGUACAUAUUUAAUCUCCUCGCGAUCGAUGAAGUGAUAGUCGGAGGCAGGAUCGACGUUAUUUGCCGGUUAUCGGUAAACAGUUGAUAGACAGAUCGACGACGCUUAAAAAGAGGAAUCAUCCGGCGAAAUUCGGUGGCGUCCUGGAUUUGAUUUCUGCGAAAAGUAUAUUAAAAUAAAAGAUGAGUCAAGGGGAUCAAGAGAAGAGCAUGGAUAAGAAGGAAAUCGCCGAGGAGGAGAGGGAGAAGAUGUUGAACGCCGAGAACACGAAGCAUACAGCGGCGUCGGCCACCCCGGACACGGAAUCUGAAGAACAGAAACCUAAGAAGAAAAUACCAAUCGGCGGAAUUAAGAUGCCCGGCUUCUGCCGUACGAAGAGCAAAGAACCUUGCAAAGAUGACGAGGGUAAAUCCGCUGACGCUGGGGAGGGUGAUGCGACAGAGAAGAACGUUAAGGAAAAUGAACAAAAUGUGUCCCAGGAAAAAGCGAAUACGCCAAGCAAGGACGCGAAAGAGAAAGAAGCACGCAAGGGAAUCCUCGAUUCUAUAAAGCUACCCCUAGUUUCAGUCUUUCCUAGGAAAAAGAAACAGGAAGAUGAGCUGGAAUUGGGAACUACCGGAACCGCUGGAUUAGCCAGCGUCGAAACUCUGGACGAUGCCGCAGGCGAAAAGAAUCCCGAGGACGGUAUGGAAACUGUUCGACUGGAUGGAGAUGCUCCCGACGAUAUCGAAUCCCCGAAACAACACUUUCUCGUCGCCUGCAUAUCCGCUGCAAGGAGGAACUUAUUCGUGUUAGUGGCUGCAUUGUGCAUCCUGAUAUCAGUGCUGAUCAUAAUCUGCAUCGCUUUCGUCGUCCCGAGAAAGGCCGGUGCGCAGCUGAUAAAAGAUGGGAAUUUCGUGAAAGCAGUGACUUCCUGCGGACCAGUGGAAGGUGUAGCUGAGGAUGCAGGCUUCGCGUUCCGUGGGAUUCCAUACGCUAUACCACCAUUAGAAAACCGUCGUUGGCAGCCCGCAGAGCCGCUGCAAGAUAUCAAGUAUUGCUGGACGAACACCUAUCGAGCGCAUAACGCGACGGACGUGUGUUUGCAGCGAGAGGCUUCUGGCCGCGUUAUUGGUACUGAGGAUUGCCUGUAUCUAGACGUGUUUACGCCAAAAAUUGGGUACGAAUCUCCUCUGCCGGUGGUCGUUAUGAUCGGCGCGGAAACUCUCAGCGGCGGUUCUCCGAGCGUGAUGCAGCCGUCAGCGAAAAUUGCUCAUGUCCGCGACAUGGUGUUCGUCAGACCGAACUUCCGACUAGGUAUCUUUGGUUUCUUGGCAGCGGAACCGCUAUCGAGGGCGACGCAUCCUCCCACAUCCGGGAAUUACGGGCUUUCGGAUAUCAUUGCCGCGUUGAACUGGAUUCGUCUUAAUAUUGAACACUUCGGUGGGAACAAAUCGGCUGUAACCUUGUGGGGCCACCGAGCGGGAGCUACGCUCGUAACCACGCUGGUCGGUACUAGGCGAGCGAAGGAUCUCUUCCAAAGCGUGUGGAUCUCGAGCGGUAGCGCGAUAUUUCCAGGAAGGGAGUUAGAGCUCUCUGAAAAGCUCAGCGAACCGUUUCUAAAUAAUAUAAGAUGCAAUGACGCUGCAUGUCUACGAAGUAAGAGCGCCGAGGAGGUGAUGGACUCUGUACCCGAAACUUGGUACGUGGAGAACGUCGGUCUGCCAGAACCUAGGGAGGCAACGGCGAGGGACAAGCGCCACGAAUGGUUAGUCCUUGAUGGAGCCAUUCUUCAGGAGCCUGUCGGUCAAAUCUGGGCGAGGGACGAAUUCGCGCAGAAGAUUGUAAUGGGUACGACCGCCCACGCCGGGACUCCUCUCAAGUAUCUCGCAUCGAAUGUCACGCUGAACUCUACGCAGGUCGAGAAGCUCGUGAAGGAGUCAUUGCUCGGCACGAUUGGCUUGGCCGAUGAAGCUCUACAACGCUAUAAUGCAACGUUAAGAGGUUUACUCAGCAUGAUCUCAGACAUACGCGUCGUCUGUCCACUGUUGACCGUCGCAAGGAUGAAGACCAACAUCCCCUUCUACGUGGCGACGCAACCCCGAGGUCAGUUUGCUGAUCCGAACAGCGACGCCGCAGCGAUACUCGGGUCUUAUGCUGCUCGUACGCCUGCUGAGAAGAGACACGUAUCCGCUAUGCAGCAGCUGUUCAAUUAUUACGUUUGGCACGGUUCGUUAUCGAAUCCCGAUCGUAGCGGCGUGAAACGGGUCCUGAUCGUUGGUCAGGAUGCGCUACCCGACCGCGACUACCCCAACUGCGAUUUCUGGAUAGCAAAGGACAUAGUCCCGUCUUACGGACGAGUAGACUGAAUCGGUUCUCUCUUCUAGUUAACUCUCGAUGGACGUUCCAACGGGUCACCUCGACUACUAUCUCAUACAGUAUUCUUUCAUGAACUCUCGAGAAGAGCGCUUGUUGCCUUGCUAUGUAGAAUCGUGAGUCAAUUUUAUUCUUUCUUAGGCUGAAACUUAUAGUUGCUUCUUAGUUUUCACUUUUCACUUCCCAACAUACCUGAUCAUAAACUUAGAUCAAUAAAUCCUUAAAAAGUAUUAAGCAAUAAUAGAAACAUAAAACGUUUAAACAUACAUUUACACCUCCUCUUUUGAUUUUCAUUAAUUGUGUAUCACGAAUGUGAUCACGAAACAAUUUAGAUUUGCAACAAGUAUCUGGGAAGUGAGAACUGAGGAAUGAUUAUAAAUUCCAGCCUUAAAGUCAUAAGUUUUGUAUAAAAAAGGAACUGGAGAAAUUAGAAAGUAAAAGCUGUUGGUUAGUUAAGAACGUUAUUGAUAAAUAUUUUUGUGGUGUUUUCGAGGUAACCCUUACUGACUUUCGACACGAAAACGAUUUUAUUUUGCUUGCCAGACGAUCGAUUAACUGAUUAAUUGAUUUCGUUCUUCGAACAAAACAUAUCCAAUGUUUCUUUACAAAUCAGAGAUAGAUAAGUUUAUAUUGCUAUUCUUGACUGAUUUCAUCGCGUCUCAUUUAUUUAUAAGAAUGUGUUUUCUUUACCAGAAAUGGUAGAUGAAAAUCGUUAUCAUAUUUUUAUUAUAUUAGAAUUUAAAGAACAGAGUGCGAAUGUUUAUACAUAUUUUUAUUUAGAUGGAAAAUGGGAAAUUGUCUUGUUAUUACAGAAUUAUGGAAAAAUCAGUUUAAAUUAAAAUCUAAUAUUUUAAAUAACAUCUACACCGUUAAAGUAUAUUUCUAUUCUAUUUUAAUAAUACAUACGAGCGUAUUUUCUUAUUUAUUUAUAUUUUUAUGUAAUGUACUAAAAUUGCAUAAACAUUCGCAGUCUGUCGAUGAAACAACGUUUAAAGUACUCAGUCAUAUCAUAAAAGAAUUUUUGUAUGAUAUUUGUAGAAAUCGAACGAAUCGCACGUUACUUGUUUUCCUCGUUAUACUUUAAGACGACGAACGAUGUCCAUUCGUUCGUAUAUCUAAAUUUAACUUGGUAAUAUAUGAAAUAAUAGAUUAUUCUUUAUUUAGGAGUAACUUAAACGUACCCCGUAUAUCUCAGCCUUAGAACUCAUGUUACUAUUAUUAUUUAUUGCAUAAAACAAAUAAGUACAGAAUCUAAUUUCUUUAGGACGCAAGAUUCGCGAAACAUGUAGAAGUGGAUGACGACUCCGAUUUAGUUAUAAUUAUUUAUUAACGUCACAUUACGGCUGACUAGAUGAACGACAAGACAGAAAUUCUAUUCUCGUUUUAAGAAUAUUUUUUCACCUAACGCGAACUCAUUAAUGAGUUUAUCUAAACUCUUGGAAACCAUGUACUCGUUCGCUUCGAAGUACCGUCUUUUAAUGCACGGUAACGGAUCGUAAUACCGCUAUUUCGUUUCUUUAACAAGCUGCCAGAUGCAUAAUAUAUAUUUGUAGGCGAUACCUAACAAUCCCUUCUUUGUAAAUAUGCUGUUACCGUUUUCUUUUAUUAAUUCCAAUGUACUUGAAUAUAUUUCUGCUCGCGUAUGAUAAGAUUUCUUUUUAGGAAUAUUGUUUUAAGAACUGCAAAUGAUUUUAAUAUUUUGCAUUGUGUACCUCUUUAAUUUAAAAUCUGCAGUCUAGUAAUAAGUAUUCUCUGAUUUUUAUACCGCGUAAGACUGAUUUCAUGAAUCUCAUUUCCGUAUGAAUGUCCAGCUUAGUUUCUAAUUAAUAGAUCGAAUAGCUUUAUACUACCUCUGGCAAAAAGUAUUCAAUCGCGUGUAAUAUUACUGACAUUGAUAUCGAAUAGCACUUCGUAUUCCAAUUGCACUUUAAAGUGCAUUUAACGUACAACCGAGAAUUUUGUACUUCAAAGGCUUUAGUACUUAACUUAAUAUUAAUUAUAAUUAGAUAUUGACUAGCAUUUUUUAUGUCGAAAACUUUACAGACAUGAAAACAAGCUACAAAGUGAUAUCGUAUAAAGUACUUGAAGAGAAGCUUUUAGAUUUUCAACUUUUUUAUAAAUCGCAAAUUUUUAUACAAAACUAAACUAAACUUUACAAAAUCGCUAUAAAUAGAAUUUGUGCCAAACUUUUUGAUACCAUUAUCGCAUAUAAACGAAAUACAUGGGAAAUAAAUAGUUCUAGAUUUUUUAUAUCACUUCUCUUUCUCAAAUUCGUAUUAUUGUGCUUGAUCGAAUACUCGUUGCCAGUGGCUGACAGUGUAAGAAAACCUGUUUGGAAGCAGUGUUUUUAUCAUAUCGCAAAAGAAGAUAUGUGCAAGAAGUAUCGUUUAAUUAUUGUACAUCGGUGUGUAUUCAUGGAGUUUUUAUGGUCACCGUCAUCACCGUUUCUUUGUAAUGUCAAAUUGCACCAAGGCACAUACUCUUUAUUGUAACUCCUACUGCCUCAAAAUUUCAAUUAACUUGGGAACACCUUUCCAACUUCGGCAACGAUUGUUGCAUACGCAUUUUUCUAACAAAUUUUAGACGUUCCCAAGUCCAUUGAAAGUAUCAGGGCGAAACGUAAUUUUAUUAUCGUUUAAUUAAUGUGGGCCUCCGAACGUUUGUGUGCUAUUUGGAGAAAAAUAAAGUCUCAUUCAUUUCUUUUUUUAAAUGUUAUAUAUAGUUUGAGAGAAACGUCAACUACAAUUAAAUACGUAUAAAUAGUUCACGGGUGUUUAUGCCGAAUUAAAUAUUUGCAACUACGUUUAAAAAGAACAGAAGCUUAAGUGAACAGAAAAUUUCGUUUGCAUUACUUUCCAACAUUUCUAUAAACGUAUAAAGAUCCGUGGUCUAACGCUAAAUAUCAUGUAUUUAUUAUAUAUUACAGUUGUAACGACAAGUAAUUUUUAAUAAUUCAAUCGUCUCCUUCUUUUAGGAUCUUUUUCGUGGCAAAAUUUGACCGGGAAAUGCAAUUAAAAACUAUUGCCAUUGACUUGUGCAAAAGAAGUGUUUGACUAAAAUAUUACAGACCUCGAGACAAGUGACCUUAGGAUCAUUUUAUAAAAUUUCCUAACAUUUUAUAUACAAAAAGGAGUGAGAACCUGGGAAAAUAUAGAAUUUUUUUUAUAUUCGAUCUACCCACUGAAUCGCACAAAAUUCGAUUCGCAAGCUACAUACAUUACUUAUUUCUUUUUUCUUUUUUAUUGGAAUAAGAAGCAUAAUAUGUAUAUGCUUAAAUGAAAUAAAGAAGGGGAUAAAGAUAGAUUAUUAACUUUUAAAGUUAUUUAGAUAGACUGUUUUCAUGUAAGCUGAUUAGAAAAUGAAGUGUUUAUACGAUUAUAAUUAUAUUCAUUGAAAAAGAAUAAAAAAACGUCAUGGGAACAAAUAAA